AUGUCCCUGCCUCAGCAGGCGAGGCGGCGUGGGCACUGGGUCGUCCCACUCAGGGAACCAGGUCUCAAGAGGCCUCGGGACUCGUGCCUCCAGGCAAUGGGGACAAGAACUGCUGCUUCACAGACCCUCACAGAGACUGCUUCACAGACCCUCACAGAGACCGCUUCACAGACCCUCACAGAGACUGCUUCACAGACCCCCACAGACCCUCACAGAGACUGCUUCACAGCCCCUCACAGAGACUGCUUCACAGACCCUCACAGAGACUGCUUCACAGACCCUCACAGAGACCGCUUCACAGACCCUCACAGAGACUGCUUCACAGACCCUCACAGAGACUGCUUCACAGACCCUCACAGAGACUGCUUCACAGACCCGGAGGAAGUGGGCUGGGAGGCACCAGAAAGUUUGUAUUAG